AUGCGAGAUGGCAUGAAGGUUACCCAGAGCUUGAACAUGCAGAGCAACGCAGUGUUUGAGCAGGAGCAGCUGCGGGUUCAGGCCCUGAAAACCGUGUGUGCAGGAAGCAGACGGUUAGAGUGGUCAUCACCUCCGGAAGCCAUUGAACACUUAAAAACUCAAGAAAUAUGGUUUCCUCCACCUCAGUUCUAUGAAGUGUGUAGGCUGUGCAACUUCUCGUCGCUCGGAGAGUUGCACCAGUUCAGCUCUGCUCGAGCUCUAGAGGGAUGUGAACGCUGGCUGCCUGUGAUGUUAACCGCUUCCGAUGGCUACAUUCAGCUGCUGCCAGGAGAUGAGUUAUAUCCAGAAGAUCCAGAUUAUACAGGAGAAAAGAAAACGAUGAUGUCAACAGAUAAGAAGGUUGAAGAUCUCAUGAAAGAGGGUAGUGUAUUUCACAGGAUAGUAAUAAAAAACAUCAACAAUUAUGCUGUCUAUGUUAAUAUUCCAGCAAAAUAUAAACAUAUGAAUCCAUUGAUGAUAAACUCUGAUUGUUCAGAUUGCAAUAGCAGAUUAUGA